AUGAUGGACAAGGAUCAAUUGUCAUCCGUGUCGCAAGGGUUGCUGUCACUGGAACAGACGCUAGGAGUAAGAGCAGUGCCAACCGCUAAUGCAUCUGAGGUUGACAAUUUUGUAGUGGAUGCCACUGUGAAUGACGGCAAUGCGAAAUGCACCAGGUCUGACCUGGAGCCUACAAACUACUCGCAGUUGUACGCCAAUGCAUCCCAAGUUCUGCAACCUAGUUCGUUCCUUGACCCUUAA